AUGAGAAAACGAUACCUGGAAGUUGAGAAAGGCUCGUUCAACCUGAAAGAAGUCGCUGCAGCUGGCAGACUGUUUGACAAGUCGACCGAAACUCUUGCUGAAAUCAAGCGCCAUAUCAACUUUACUGUCCCCGACCGGCCUCAUACCAAAGAUGACGCAACAAACCUAGUGGGCCAGGUAUAUCCGCCUACGUCCAAGUCGUGGGAGAACGAUCAAAAGCACAACACUAAAGUACUCAGGGCAGUGGCUACAUCUCCAGCAGCUUUUGCGAAGGAAAGCAGCGCUUGGGCUCGAACAUUCGGCGACUUUCUUUUUCGCGACAAGCCCAGCGGUGUAGAUGAUGUGACUUUUCUCAAGGAACUCAGAGACCAAGCAGCAAGUCGGGCAGCAGAUCACUGUCAGUCUCAGCCGCCACGAGAAACAUUGACGUCAUAUUCGACGCCUCUCCGAGUUCGCCAGGAAAUCUGGACGGCGCUGUGCCCAGGCCGGCAGUGCGUCGGUGGAUAUCCCUUUGAGGUCCCUGUACCUCUGAUUGCCCAACUGAAGGCUCAUGUAAUUGACGAUCUGGAGGACGGCAACUUGAACGGGAACACAGGCCAGCGGCUUCCCUUGGCGAACUACAUCCACCCACAUGUCACCAUAAGCCUUGCUCAAAGAGAGCGACCCGACGGCGAGCCCGUCCGCACGCUGGUACUAGGCUUGACUGAGUCGACAUCUACCCUGAGCUUCUCCCGGCUCGGACUGCUGCAGGCCUACGACAUGGCUGUUUGCUGGGCAUCCAAGGUCGACAAAGACGGCGUCAGCUUCUCCCUUCGAAGCGCGUUUGACGGCUGCAACGCGAUAACGAAGAGUUUCGCGGCGGACCCAAUGCGCAUCAAGGAGAUGGCUGAGCUGGAGAAGCAGAUUGAGAGGCUGGCGCCCCAAUGUUCGCAAUCCGACAUAGUGAUGGAGCGCGUCAAGGAAUGGAUGGAGAAAAGCAGGUAUAAGGCUCAGUAUACGUCUCGAGAGGCUUGGAGUGAUACACUUCGCAAGUGGUGGGAAGAUGAGCAUGAUGAUGUGGGCGGGCUGGGUCGAGAGGAACUGAAGGAGGCUUGUCUGCAGGCCAUAAAGGCCAAGAUGGAGGAAUGGAAGAAGGAGAAGCGAUCCAUCAGUGAAACCGACUCUGAUGUGGAGAUUAUCGAGUCUCCUCCCAAGAAGAAGGUUCGGUCUCAUUGAUGUACAUGGAGGAUAUCGUGGAGCACAUAGCUAUAGACCAAUCCUUAG